AUUUUAUUGAAUAACUUUUACUGUGAACAUCAGAAUCAUUCCAUUUAAACUUGGAAUUGGUGAUUGUGGAAGGUGAAUUGUUCACAAAUCUCCAUUGCAGAUAGUCAAGCGAUGACGACAUUCGAAUUUGAUGACGUGUCAAAUGAAACCAGUCAAAAUAAAUCUUGUUGCAUGUAAGACAUUUUCCAUUCGAUUUGACAGAUUCAGCUUCCAAAAUGUUGGAGAUCCAGUUGUUCUCAGUGGUCUCAUAUUAACAUUGAUCGGAUUAGUUCUUGGAUUAAUAAUCAUAUUUAUUAAGAAACUACAUUCUUCAUCCACAAUGAACACUAUCUUCAUCGUUAUCACCGUCAGUUGAAUAUGGCUUACUAUUGCAUUAAUGAUAUUUUCAUCCGACCAUCGAUUGAAUUUAUUGUAGAUUUGUUUGUUGAAUAAUGUAAAUACUGUCAUGUUAGUUUGAUAACGGUGAUGGAGAUAAAAGAAUGUUUGAAGGUUCACUUGAACAGAUGAGUUUCAACGUUGUGUUUUGAGAUGUCAGUAUGCAUAGAUAUCCAGUUUCUAUAAUUUCACUGAUUCCAUAAAAAUUUUGACGUUUAUAACUAGAUCAUUUUAGAUCCGGUUGGAUUAUCAGGUAUUACUCAACUGUUAAAUGAUGAGAAUUAUAUAACAUUAAAAGGUAUCUGUCCAUGUUAUGGAUAAUUCAGAAAUAUGUAGACGUGGAUACACGCGAUAACGGCACAUCCUACUCUUAUCUAUGUUUGUUGAUAUUACUAUUUGUAAGAUAUGGAAUGAGUUGUGAACGUAGAACAACUAAACAAGUUUGAUUUCUUCAUGUGAAUUUCUAUAAUCAUCCACUCACUUUGUCUAUCACUAAACUUGUAUUCAGUGAUGUACAUGUCAUCAUUUGGUGCCUCAAGUGGCAGUCACCACUAGCUGUCGUGGUUUUUGGUUUACCCAAGUUACUAUAACUCACACCAUUUAGGUAAUAAACCUCACAUAACAUGGUCGUGUGUACUGAUUGAGCGAAUUAGCUUUGAAAAUAUUUCAAGUUUGUCACUAUGAGGGACUUGAAUAAGCAUUCCUUGCCAUGUGCUUGUAUCCAUAAAUAUAUUCAUUUUAACCAUUUCAAUCGAAUGCAGGAGAGUGAACAUUAUUCUUUCAUUAUUUCUCCAGUCGUUGACCGAUUCAACUUCUGAAUUAAUGGUUAUUUGAUGUUACUUUUUUCCUUAUUCAGAUGAUAAUUAUUAGUACUGGUUUUGCGUUAUUAAUUUCAUGUGCACAAGUGUAUGAAAUAUUUAUUUCUCUACCUUUGGCUACCGGAUUCACCAUCUUAGCCAUUUUUAUGGGUAUGAAGCUAGAAGAUGUGGAAGAGAAAUUCAAGACGAUCUUGAUCAUGAUAUGUUUUGUAUUUGCAGGAAUUGGAUUCAUUCUCUUUAUUUUAGGGUUGGUAUUUAAAAAAAAUGUUUUACAAGGUGAUGCCUGGCUUUGUUGGUGCUGCUCAACGUUUAUUGUGAUUAUAUUCACAACAGAUUAUCUGAAGCGACACCGCGAAGAAGAGCAUUUUACUGAACUCUACGUUAUUUUCGUAUGGUUUUGUGAAUACUUUAUAAUGAGCGUCAAUUCAGAGUUUUUCUUUAAUUCAGUCCUCGACUGUCAAUGGAGCGGAGUGAAAAACUGAAUGAGACAAUGAUUAGACACGAUGAGUAGAUCCUAUUUCAUUGGAUGCUUUAAUAAGUUCACAUAUAUUCAUAUGAAAUAUUUUGAAAAUUAUUGUGAAGCAUUCUGUUGUUUAAAUAGAUGUUCUGUUAUGCAAGUGUUUCCCGAUUGAACUAAAUUUCUGCAUAGAAAAUAUUCGUUUAGAAUGCAAGCACACAUUGAAGCACAUUUCGAUUAUACUUAAAAUAACCACCAACCAAAUUGACUGAAAUGAUUCAUUCAACGAUCAUAUUCCACAAAGACCCACAUGUAAUGACAUUGACAAAUAAUUUACUUUUCAGUGAUUGUUUUUGUUUGUCUGACACUAUUUCAGAUGGAUGGUUUCCAUAUGUCCUCUAGACACCAUUAAACGAAUCAAUUUCGACUAUAAGUACACAAAGAAAGCUUCCUCUCUUAUUAGUAACAUACAGCAGCUUUCAAACUAGAUAUUCCUUCUUUGUCGUUGACCUUCACUUUCUAUUGUCUCACUUUGAGUCUGAUUUCACCCUCAUGACGCUUCUGUUUGAUAAAUUUUACUAAUUUCAUUAUGUUCAGUGACUACUAAUUGAAGUGAUUGCCAGCUUUCUGAAGAUUCACUAAUCAUUCUUGUUCAUUUUCUGUCUAACACAUCAACUUUUAGCAAGUUGAACAAGUGUCGAAAUCUGUCGACUUUCAUUUAUAUCAGUGAAUACUGAUCGUGGUGUUUGAUAGUUAUUGCAAGUUCAAACAGACGAAGAGGAAGAGUGGGUAAAUUUGUCCGUUGUAAUGCUCUCUAUAAUUCUUUGUUCGUGUAAAUUAAAUCUGCCUCUUUGUUUUUUCGUCCUUAAUGUAUUCGAAUUGCAUGGAUUGAUCUGGAAGUGUUUGCUUGUUUAUAUAUUGAGCCAUUGGAAAAUCAUUUUCGUGGACAAACAUUCGUUUGUUGGUUUCUUCAUUCACUUUCUUGUCACUUAAUAAGUACAAUAACAGUUGUUGAUGGCAUUUCAAAAAUCCGUCUUGUUCAUGUACAUUCAUUUGAUUUUGUUCUUCGGGUUUAUUUAUGGUACGUGUGAUAGCAUCAUUUACAUGAAUUGCGUUUGAAAACAAAUCUGAUUUUCGUCGAAACCCAGUUGGUGAAAUCUGAUUGUCAUAAAUGUGCAACUUCAGUUCACAUGUAUUAACGAAAUCACUGAUACUCAGUCAACAUGUGUCACAAGUGUUUUGCGCAUUCAGUCCCAUGCGAAAACAUGAAGUCAUGUCUGUACGGUUUGCUAGGUUGUAGAAGUAUCUUGUCGUCUAUAGAAAUGGAGAAUGAACAAAACUUCACGUCAGUGUUUCGGGUAGUGUCUAGUCACUCACCUCCACGAUUUCAAAGACAGUGGGUCAAGUUGAUAUUUUCCAUAGAGGAAAGGGGAAAUAAAUCGAAGUCUUAGUAUAUUGUGGAAAUAGUAGGACCCGCUCUUGAGUGGUUUGUGGCGAUAUUACACAGGUCAACCUCAAUGACAGAUGAGCCAUCAUUACGAGACCGAUUCUACACAAACGGAAAAGAUAACUGUGUGAAUCAAGGAAGUGGAUGUUUUCUAAUUAUGGUAGGUCACUACAUGGAACUGUGCAAAACUAUCGAAAGUUUUGAUAAGACGCAGAGAUUGAAUUUCAUAGGAUGUAUGAGAUUGCAUAUUGUGUGCCUGAAUGAAGGACAUUUCAGUCGGGAAUGUUGGCAAAAAAGUGCGAACAUACUGAUCGAACUGAAUAGAAACGCUCACUGUUAGCUGAAGCACUUAAUGUACAAGGUAGAAUCAAAUACGUACAUCGAGUGCUCAACGUGAAAGGAGAUGAUGACAACGAUAGUGGUGUUAAAUUACACCUCAACUUAUUUACUGCUGGUGUUCUUGAGUUGUUGAUUACAUUAUCUUCACGAUGGAGAAGCAUAUCAGAAGGAUAUUCUCUAGUGAGGUUGUUAUGAGUUGGACGUAUCAUCGUUCCAUUAAUAAAGAUCUCUGAUGUAGUGUAUGGUUAAUGAAAAUUUAAUUAGUCC